AUGGCAGAGGAGGAGACCAGCGGCUCGGAAGAAGAAACUACAGAGUGCAAACUACAAGAUGAAUUGGUGCAUACAUUGAAAUUCUGUCUUAAGAAAAUGAAAGCAAGACACAAUAAGGUUCCAGAGAUAAUAGUGAAAGUUAAAUUAAAUGGGAUACCAAUUGAUAUGGAAUUGGACAUGGGAGCUUCUGUGUCACUGAUAAGUGAAGAGUUCUACGCUAAACAUCUGAAAAAUACAGUACUUCAAUCCAGCGAUAUUGUUCUGAAAAUCAUGACGGGAGAAAAAAUAGAAGUCGUCAGGAUAUGCUACGUAACUAUGGAAGUUCAUGGACACAGAGUGGAGGAAGUGCCAUUGUAUGUGGUACAGGGGAAUGGACCUGCCUUAUUCGGUAGGGACUGGCUGCAUUUUGCGAAAUAUAUCUGGAAAAAGUUAGCUGUAAAUCAUCUGGAUUCUGGUAUUCUGAAAACCUCUAAGUUAGAAGAAUUGUUAAGGAAAUAUGGUGAUGUGUUUGAUGGUGAACUAGGUACAGCCAAGAAUAUAAAGGCUCAUAUUCGUGUAAAAAAGGAUGCAAAACCAAUCUUUUAUAAAGCGAGGACAGUUCCUUAUGCAAUCAGGGAUGCUGUGAAUGCAGAACUUAAAAGACUAGAAUUGGAAGGAAUUAUUGAGAAAGUUGACUAUAGUGAGUGGGUGGCACCGAUAGUGCCUGUUUCAAAAGACAAUGGUUCUAUUAGGAUCUGUGGUGACUUCAAGGUCACCAUAGAUCGUUAUGUGGAAAACCCGAAAACCCAACAUCCAAUGCCAAAUCCAGAUGAACUAUACCAGCGACUGAACGGUGGAAAAACUUUCUCAAAGUUAGAUUUAUCGCAAGCUUAUCAGCAAGUGGAAUUAGAUGAGGAAUCUAGGAAAUAUGUCACGAUUAACACACCACUUGGUUUGUACAGAUAUACACGUUUACCAUAUGUUGUCUCAGCAGCACCACAACUUUUUCAGUCUUUAAUGGAUAAAGUUCUGCAAGGAGUGCCUUGUGGAUGCAACAUAGAUGAUAUUAGUCUUACUGGGAGAACCGAAGCUGAACAUUUACACAGUCUUGAAAAGGUACUUGAGCGGUUGCAAAUCAAUGGGUUGAAAUGUAAUUUGUCGAAAUGUGAAUUUAUGAAGCCCUCCUUGAAAUAUUUGAGUUUCAUUGUAGAUGAAGAGGGUAUUCACUAUGCGGAGGAUGCCAUUGUAGCAGUCACGGAGGCACCAAGGCUAGACUCAAGGUCUGAAAUGCAAUCCUUCCUGGGGCUGGUAAACCAUUACUGUCGCUAUGUGCCAAAUCUCUCAUCAGUUGCAGCGCCUCUCACGGAAUUACUGCAUAAAGACCGAAAAUGGCAUCGGUCAGUAGAGUGUGAAAGAGCUUUUUCCGAGAUUAAAAAAAUGCUGACCACUGUAACAGGAGUAUAG